ACCAAUCUCCUUUAAAUCACCGCGGGGUGGGCCGUGGGGAGGGGGCGGAGAAGUCGGCCCCCGCCGUCGACCCACGCUGGCUCCCCACGGAGACCCCACCGAGCCCCGACGGAGUCGCCCCGCCGCCGCCCCCCGCAGUCGGUGCGGCGGUCCUGACCCGUCCGCUGUCCCCGGCCCGCUCGGCGGCACUUCCGCCUCAGUAUGGCAUCACAGCUGCAGGUGUUUUCCCCCCCAUCAGUGUCGUCGAGUGCCUUCUGCAGUGCAAAGAAACUGAAAAUAGAGCCCUCUGGCUGGGAUGUUUCUGGACAGAGCAGCAACGACAAAUAUUAUACCCACAGCAAAACCCUCCCAGCCGCACAAGGGCAAGCCGGCUCCUCUCACCAGGUAGCCAAUUUCACCAUCCCUGCGUACGACCAGGGCCUCCUCCUCCCGGCUCCUGCCGUGGAGCAUAUUGUUGUAACAGCUGCUGACAGCUCUGCCAGUGCUGCUACGUCAACCUUCCAAAGCAGCCAGAGCCUGACGCACAGGAGCAACGUGUCUUUGCUUGAGCCAUAUCAAAAAUGUGGACUGAAAAGAAAAAGUGAGGAAGUGGACAGCAACGGUAGCGUGCAGAUCAUAGAAGAACAUCCCCCUCUCAUGCUGCAAAACAGGACUGUGGUGGGUGCUGCUGCCACGACCACCACGGUGACCACAAAAAGUAGCAGUUCCAGCGGAGAAGGGGAUUACCAGCUGGUCCAGCAUGAGAUCCUUUGCUCUAUGACCAACAGCUAUGAAGUGUUGGAGUUCCUGGGCCGGGGAACGUUUGGACAGGUGGCUAAGUGCUGGAAGCGGAGCACCAAGGAAAUCGUGGCCAUUAAAAUCUUGAAGAACCACCCAUCCUAUGCCAGACAAGGACAGAUUGAAGUAAGCAUCCUGUCCCGCCUGAGCAGUGAGAACGCUGACGAGUAUAAUUUUGUCCGUUCUUACGAGUGCUUUCAGCAUAAGAAUCACACCUGCCUUGUGUUUGAGAUGCUGGAGCAGAACUUAUAUGAUUUUCUAAAGCAGAACAAGUUUAGCCCACUGCCACUCAAGUACAUCAGACCAAUCCUGCAGCAGGUGGCCACAGCACUGAUGAAGCUCAAGAGCCUCGGUCUGAUCCACGCCGACCUGAAGCCUGAAAACAUAAUGCUGGUCGAUCCGGUGCGCCAGCCCUACCGGGUGAAGGUCAUUGACUUUGGUUCUGCCAGUCACGUUUCCAAGGCCGUGUGCUCCACCUACUUACAGUCCCGUUACUACAGAGCCCCUGAGAUUAUUCUUGGAUUACCGUUUUGUGAAGCUAUUGAUAUGUGGUCAUUGGGCUGUGUGAUAGCUGAACUGUUCCUGGGAUGGCCUCUUUAUCCUGGUGCUUCGGAAUAUGAUCAGAUUCGUUACAUUUCCCAAACACAAGGCCUGCCAGCUGAAUAUCUUCUCAGUGCCGGGACAAAAACAACCAGGUUUUUCAACAGAGAUCCUAAUUUGGGGUACCCACUGUGGAGGCUUAAGACACCUGAAGAACAUGAAUUGGAGACUGGAAUCAAAUCAAAAGAAGCUCGGAAGUACAUUUUUAAUUGUUUAGAUGACAUGGCUCAGGUGAAUAUGUCCACAGACUUAGAAGGAACAGACAUGUUGGCAGAGAAGGCAGAUCGACGAGAAUACAUUGAUCUGUUAAAAAAAAUGUUAACCAUUGAUGCAGAUAAGAGAAUUACUCCUCUGAAAACUCUUAACCAUCAAUUUGUGACAAUGACUCACCUUCUGGAUUUUCCACAUAGCAAUCACGUUAAGUCUUGUUUUCAGAACAUGGAGAUCUGCAAGCGGAGGGUUCACAUGUAUGAUACAGUGAGUCAGAUCAAGAGUCCCUUCACCACGCAUGUUGCCCCAAAUACAAGCACAAAUCUAACCAUGAGCUUCAGCAACCAACUCAAUACCGUGCACAAUCAGGCCAGUGUUUUAGCUUCCAGUUCUACUGCAGCAGCUGCUACUCUUUCUCUGGCUAAUUCAGAUGUGUCACUGCUGAACUACCAGUCUGCGGCUUUGUACCCAUCGUCGGCAGCACCCGUUCCUGGAGUUGCCCAGCAGGGUGUCUCCUUGCAGCCUGGAACCACCCAGAUUUGUACUCAGACAGAUCCAUUCCAACAAACAUUUAUAGUAUGUCCACCGGCUUUUCAGACUGGGCUGCAAGCAACAACAAAGCAUUCUGGAUUCCCUGUGAGAAUGGAUAAUGCGGUGCCAAUUGUGCCCCAGGCCCCAGCUGCUCAGCCACUGCAGAUCCAGUCGGGGGUUCUUACGCAGGGAAGCUGCACACCACUAAUGGUAGCAACUCUCCACCCUCAAGUAGCCACCAUCACCCCGCAGUACGCGGUGCCCUUCACUCUGAGCUGCGCAGCCGGCCGGCCGGCGCUGGUUGAACAGACUGCCGCUGUACUGCAGGCUUGGCCCGGAGGAACCCAACAAAUUCUCUUGCCUUCAACUUGGCAACAGUUGCCUGGGGUAGCUCUCCACAACUCUGUCCAGCCCACAGCAGUGAUUCCAGAGGCCCUGGGCAGUGGCCAGCAGCUCACAGACUGGAGGAACGCCCACUCUCAUGGCAGCCAGUACAGCACGAUCAUGCAGCAGCCGUCCUUGCUCACUAACCACGUGACGCUGGCCACUGCCCAGCCCCUGAAUGUUGGCGUUGCCCAUGUUGUCAGACAGCAGCAGUCCAGUUCCUUGCCUUCAAAGAAGAAUAAGCAGUCUGCUCCAGUCUCUUCUAAGUCCUCCCUGGAUGUUCUGCCUUCUCAAGGCUGUUCUCUGGUCGGGAGCAGCCCCCUUCGCACCACGUCUUACAACCCGCUGGGCCCCGUGCAGGAUCCACACCAGCCGAUCGUCAUCCCAGACACUCCCAGCCCUCCUGUGAGUGUCAUCACCAUCCGCAGUGACACCGACGAGGAAGAGGACAACAAAUACAAGCCCAGUAGCUCUGGCCUGAAGGCAAGGUCUAAUGUCAUCAGUUACGUCACCGUCAAUGAUUCUCCAGACUCCGACUCCUCCUUGAGUAGCCCAUAUUCCACCGACACCUUGAGCGCUCUCCGGGGCAACAGUGGGCCCCUCCUGGAGGGCCCGGGGAGAGUCGCGGGCGAUGCCGCCGGCACCCGCACCAUCAUUGUGCCUCCGCUGAAAACCCAGCUUGGCGACUGCACCGUAGCAACCCAGCCCUCCAGUCUCCUGAGCAGUAAGACCAAGCCAGUGGCCUCAGUAAGUGGGCAGUCAUCUGGAUGCUGUAUCACCCCCACGGGGUACCGAGUGCAACGUGGGGGGACCAGCGCAGCACAGCCUCUCAACCUUAGCCAGGCUCCACAACUCACGAGGGAUGUGAAGAACUUAGAGGAGAACAGAAGAAAACAAGGGCAAGAAAGAAAGAACCAGCAGUCACCGUCAGCUCCAGCCUCGCAGGAGAGAAGCAGCAACCCUGGCCCCCGCAGGCAGCAGGCCUUUGUGGCCCCACUGUCUCAAGCCCCCUACGCCUUCCAGCAUGGCAGCCCGCUCCAUUCGGCGGGGCACCCUCACCUGGCCCCAGCCCCUGCUCACUUGCCAAGCCAGCCUCACCUGUAUACGUAUGCCGCCCCCACCUCUGCUGCUGCGCUGGGCUCCACCAGCUCCAUCGCCCAUCUCUUCUCCCCCCAGGGCUCCUCGAGGCACGCGGCCGCCUAUACCGCCCACCCGAGCACUCUGGUGCACCAGGUCCCUGUCAGCGUGGGGCCCAGCCUCCUCACCUCUGCCAGUGUGGCCCCUGCUCAGUACCAACACCAGUUUGCCACCCAGUCCUACAUUGGGUCGUCCCGAGGCUCUGCAAUUUACACUGGAUACCCACUGAGUCCUACCAAGAUCAGCCAGUACUCCUACUUGUAGUUGGUGAGCGUGAGGGAAGAGGAUCGUGGCCUCCGUUUCCUGGCCCUGAGCUCUUCACAGUGUCCUACGAGGAGCUCCUCCCUCUUACCCUCUGCUGAAACUCCGUAGGCAGCAGCUUGCUCUGCAGGGGCCACUGAAGCAGAAGGCUUCUCUCUGGGGAACCUGUCUCAGUGUCGACUGCAUUGUUGUGGUCUCCCACCGUUUGCCCUACUUUUUAAUUCUUUAUUUUUGUGACAGCAUUUUUGGUAUUUGGAAGAGUUCAGAUAACCCAUCUUCUUCAGUUACCAAGGAAGAGAGAUCGUUCUGAAGUUACCCUUUGAAAAAUAUUUUCUCUUCUCUCUCUGACCUUAUUUCUAUAAAUGCUUUUAAGAAGGAGUGAAGCCCCUCUGUAUUUAACUUUGUUUUCUUGUAAUUGCCGGUCAGAGGAAAAAUGCUGAUAGAAGGACAUGAAAUCUGGUAACAAGUGAGAAAAGAAAAAUCAAUUACGUUUUGCUUGUUAAAAAACUUAAGAGUUAAUUGCUUAUUUUAAGAGCAGCUUUCACAAGUCUGUAUUUUAAUAUCAGGCAUUUCUCCUCAAAUUUUUACCUUUGUUUAUGAGGCAUUUAAACUUACAGUGUUCUAGUUUUGUUUUCCUAUCACAUUAUACUUAGUGGGCGCAAUUGUUACUUUUGCAAAACUGGUUAAGUACUACUCUGUGGUACUAUUGGGAUUCUCUCAGUUGCUCCUGUGUUUAUUACAAAGUAGUCUUUAAAAGGCAGCUCACUAUUUGCUGGUAACUUUGUGCGAGAAUCCAUACCUGCCGUGAAAACACCAGGUAAUUCUUUUUAAAUUAUUUUUUUAAAAGUCCUUCUCUGAUUCAGCUUAAAUUUUAUUAUUGGAAAAACCAUUAAGGUGGUUAUUGUUGUAUGGUGAUGGAUGUUUUAUUAUAUACAAAAAUCUCUUUGUAUUAUGUGAUAACUGGCACUGAUGAGCUUUGCCUAAAGAGCAGUAUGAAUUUUCAAUAAUCCACCUCUCUCUCUCCUCGCCUCAUCAUCUCUCCCUUCUGUUCUAUGUGAUUUAUUUGGGGAGAAAGCUAAAAUCUGAAACCAGAUAAGAACAUUGUGUAUAGCUUUUAUACUUUAAAGUAGCUUCCUUUGUAUGCCAGCAGCAAAUUGAAUGCUCUUAUUAAGACUUAUACAAUAAGUGCAUGUAGGAAUUGCAAAAAAUAUUUUAAAACUUUAUUACUGAAUUUAAAAAUAUUUUAGAAGUUUUGUAAUGGUGGUGUUUUAAUAUUUUGCAUAAUUAAAUAUGUACAUAUUGAUUAGAAAAAAUAUAACAAGCAAUUUUUCCUGCUAACCCAAGAUGUUAUUUGUAAUCAAAUGUGUAGUGAUUACACUUGAAUUGUGUAUUUAGUGUGUAUCUGAUCCUCCAGUGUUACCCCGGAGAUGGAAUUGAUGUCUCCAUUGUAUUUAAACCAAAAUGAACUGAUACUUGUUGGAAUGUAUGUGAACUAAUUGCUAUUAUAUUAGAGCAUAUUACUGUAGUGCUGAGUGAGCAGGGGCAUUGCCUGCGAGGAAAGGAGACCCUUGGAGUUGUUUUGCACAGGUGUGUCUGGUGAGGAGUUGCUCAGUGUGUGUCUCUUCCUUCCCUUAUUGUAGUGCCUUAUAUAAUGUAGUGGUUCUAGCGUUUACAGUGAGCUUGCCUUAGGACGGACCAGCAAGCCCCCGUGGACCCUUAGCUGUUCGCUGGGAUAUAUCAACAGGAUUAGUAGCUGUGUUGUGUAAAUGCAUUUUCCCAUCUCAGUUUCCCUGCCAAUGGACAUUGGAAAAUAAAAGUAGCAGCUUUUCUCUUUGACCGCCACCUCUGCCCCUUUACGUUUUGGCAUCUCAGCUGAGUUCUCACAGAGCAUGUUCCCCACGUGCGUGUCACUGUGCAUCGCUCCUCUGCUUCUGUGAGAAUUCAGGAAGCAAGGCAGAGGAGUCAAGCCAAUACUUAAUAUGCAUUUUUUCUUUUUUUUAAAGUAUGUACAAUCACUUUUAAAAUGAGAUCCCCCUCCUCCUUUUCCCAUGUGGCAGUGCUUCCUGCAAAUAGUUGACAUUCCUAGUAAAACAUUUGUUGGGGAAAAAAAAAAAAAAACAUGUAACAGAUGUGUUUAUUAUACCAAAGAGCCUGUUGUAUUGCUUACCAUGUCCCCGUACUGUGAGGAGGAGUUUGGUGAUGCCGCUGGUGGCAGGGAACUCACAGAAAGGUUUCUUAGCCGGUGAAGAAUAUUAAGAAGGAACCCCAGCCUGUCGAGUCAUUGGGCUUUUGAGGUUUCUUUUUAACAAACUUGUAUUUUCUUGGGGCCCUUCAAACUGUGAAAUUGUCCUUGUACUCUCAGCUCCGGCAUGGAUCUGGGUCACGUAGAAGGUACUGGUGGUGGGAACGUCCCUGCCCGUAAAAGAUUUGGGGGAAGAAGGUUCACCCUGAGAUGUAGAAGUGUUCCAUCGGAACUGAAAAGGGCAUAUUUGAGGGAUCGAUCUAGGGCUGGUUCUUUGUAGAGAUGGUGUCAAGGAGGUGCAGGAUGGAGAUGGGAGAUUUCAUGGCACCUGGUCAGCACGCUCUGGACCGGGUUGAACACCGAGGAGCUGUCAAGGUAUUUGGAGUUUCUUCAUUGUGAGGAGUCAGUGCUUCCAGGAUGGGGCAGAUAGUCAGUACAGCCUACCAGGAACGUGUCGUGUUCUUGUUGUUUUUUUUUUAAUCAUUAUAUUGAGUUGUGUUUUCAGCAUUACAUUGUCAAGAUACUCAAGCAGUUUGUAUAGUUUGUGUCUCUAGUCUCAACAGUUUUCAGGUCAGCGGCUGUGAUCUUUGUGUCUCCUUUUUGCCAAGCACAUUCUGAUUCUCUUGCCUUUGAUUUAGUUUCUGAUGGAAACAAGUUUUUGUUCCUCAUCUUUCUUUUGCAAGGAAUAAGAUUUAUUGUUUUUGUAAGAAAUGAGAUGCAGGGGGGAAAACCCCACAAAACACUCCACUCCUGCCCCCCAGUCCAAUAGGAGGUACCAUGUAAGAUAGGAGUCUUCACAGGGAAAAGACAAUACCAACAGUUUGUAUUGUUUCCUUAAUCACUUUACUAGCAGUAUGUGGCUUUAAGGAUUUUAGAGAUUUUCAGUCUUAGUCUACAAAUUGGCAUUUCAGAUUUACCAAGCUAAAAAUCCACUGUGUGUGCUGAAUGUGUGUGUGCUCAGUGUGGCUUUAGAUUCUGUCCCUGGGGCCUGGGGCUUAAUCUUGCCGGCCUCGGUAGGAAGUGGGAAGCCCCCCCGGAAUUUAGUGAGCACCUGGUGCCGCCCGGUCAAGGGGCCUGACCUCAGACCAGGUUACCUUUGGCUUGAAGUUCUCUCAGAACUUGCAUUUCUAGCUUCUCCCCUUCAGGGUGAGAGAGAAAGUGGGGAAGGGUUAAGUACUCUAGGCUCAUCGGGACCCUUGACCAAUCCAGAGUUUUUAAUAGCUCCCUAGAGGUGACCCUCCUGUCAGCGCUCAGCUAACAUACCAGCCCCAGGAAUAAGAAUUCCAUUUCCAACAGCUCUGGCCAUCCAUCAUCCUCCACUAGAGGGGCUCAGCUUGACUGCCCUUAGCCAAGCAGGCAGAGUAAUGUAUAUUCUAUUCGGCAUUAUUAUGCAAAAACCCACUGGUUAGGAUGGUUUGUUUUAAGUUAGAAAAUGAAAUUGCCUCUCAGUGACAGGAAUGGCCCACGCCUGCUUCCUGUUUUGAUUUUUUUAACUGAUGGAUGGUGCAGCAUGUCUCCAUGGUUGUUUGUUGCUAAACUUUAUAUAAUGUGUGGUUUUGAUUCAGCUUGAAAAAUAAUCUCACUACAUGUAGCAGUACAUUAUAUGUACAUUAUAUGUAAUGUUAGUAUUUCUGCUUUGAAUCCUUGAUAUUGCAAUGGAAUUCCAACUUUAAAUGUAUUUGAUAUGCUAGUUAUUGUGUGCGAUUUAAACUUUUUGCUUUCUCCCUUUUCUGGUUGUGCGCUUCCUUUUACAACAAGCCUCUAGAAACAGUUUCUGAGAAUUACUGAGCUAUGUUUGUAAUGCAGGUGUACUUAGGGAGUAUGUAAAAUAAUCAUUUUAACAAAAUAAAUAGAUAUUUAAAAUUUAAUACUAACUAUGGGAAAAGGGUCCAUUGUAUAAAACAUAGUUUAUCUUUGGAUUCAGUGUUUGUCUUUGGUUUUACAAAGUAGCUUGUAUUUUCAGUAUUUUCUACAUAAUAUGGUAAAAUGUAGAGCAAUUGCAAUGCAUCAAUAAAAUGGGUAAAUUUUCUGAUUCA